AUGGCUAAAUUGUAUUCUGUUGAAGUAGGUCCACAAAAGGACAAGACUGAAACAGCUCCAAGAAGAGCUACUUAUGCUAAAGAAGGUUCUAUUGAAAGACCUAAGGAUUUCAAAAGUAAGACGGUUUAUGAAUUUGCAUUAGAAUGUUGCCAACGUGGUAAAGAUAGAAAAGCUCUUGGUUGGAGAAACAUCAUCGAUGUGGUUACAGAGAAGAAAAUUAUUAAAAAAACAAUCAAUGGUAAAGAAACUGAAGUGGAGAAAAAUUGGUCUUAUUAUCACUUGAGUGACUAUAAGUACAUUACUUAUGUUCAAUUGGCAUCUAACAUCCAUGCUAUUGGUCGUGGGCUGAUCGAUUUGGGGUUGAAACCGGGCGAAUCUGACAAAGUGCACAUCUAUGCAAGCACUUCUCAAAAAUGGCUGCAAAUGUUUUUAGGGGCUCAAUCUCAAUCGAUCUCCACUGUGACUGCUUAUGAUACUUUAGGUGAAUCUGGGUUGACCCACUCAAUGAUUCAAACUGAUUCUAGAGCAGUUUUCACAGAUAACGCUCUUUUACAUACGUUGAUUAAUCCUUUGAAGAAUACUAAAGUCAAUAUCAAAUUUUUGAUUCAUUCCGAACCAAUAGACCCCAAAGAUAAGAGAUUCAACGGUAAGUUAUACCAAGAUGCUCAUGAUGCUAUGGAGAAGAUUAAAGAGAUUAGACCAGAUUUGAAAAUCGUUUCUUUUGAUAAAUUGAUUUCAAACGGUGAUGCAAAGAAGGAUUCUAUAGAUAUUCAUCCACCAAAGGCAGAUGACUUAUCUUGUAUCAUGUAUACUUCAGGUUCCACUGGGGAUCCAAAAGGUGUUGUGUUAACUCAUAAGAAUAUUGUUGCUGGUGUCGGUGGUGCAAGUAUUAACGUUUUAGGGUUUGUAGGUGCCGGUGAUCGUAUUAUUGCCUUUUUACCCUUGGCACAUAUUUUUGAAUUGGUCUUUGAAUUGUUGGCCUUGUAUUGGGGGUCUAUCAUCGGUUAUGCUACCGUUAAGACUUUGACAAACACUUCUGUAAGAAAUUGUACUGGUGAUUUGGAAGCUUUUAAACCAACUGUCAUGGUCGGUGUCGCAGCUGUUUGGGAAACUGUUCGUAAAGGUAUAUUGUCACAAAUUGAAAAAUUACCAGGUUACAAACAAAAAUUAUUUUGGUCAGUGUAUUAUUCCAAGAUUAAUAUGAAAAAUUAUCAUAUCCCAGGUGGUGACACUCUAGGUAAUUUAGUCUUUGGUAAAGUUAAACAAGCUACCGGUGGUCAUUUGAAGUAUAUUUUGAACGGUGGGUCUCCAAUUUCAAGAGAUGCUCAGGAAUUUAUCACCACUUUAAUUUGUCCAAUGUUGUUAGGUUAUGGGUUAACUGAAACUUGUGCCUCUACUACAAUUACAUAUCCAAACCAUUUUACUUUAGGUGUAGCUGGUGAUUUAACUUCUUGUGUCACUGUUAAAUUAAGAGAUUGUGAAGAAUUGAAUUAUUUGGCAAGAAACAAUCAAGGUGAAGUCUUAAUCAAAGGUCCAAACGUUACAUCUGAAUAUUAUAAGAAUCCUGAAGAAACUAAAAACGCUUUCACUGAAGAUGGUUGGUUCUGUACUGGUGAUAUUGGUGAAUGGACACCAAAUGGUCAAUUAAAGAUUAUUGAUCGUAAGAAGAAUUUGGUAAAGACUCAAAACGGUGAAUAUAUCGCUUUGGAAAAAUUAGAAUCCAUUUAUAGAUCAAAUAAGUAUGUUGCCAACAUUUGUGUCUAUGCUGAUCAAACAAAGACAAAGCCAGUAGGCAUUGUAGUACCAAAUAUUCCACAAGUGAUUACUUUGGCUAAAUCGUUGAAUUUAUUGACUCCAAAACAAUUGGAAAUUGUGCCUGAUGAUGAAGAUACAAUGAAAGAAUUAUUAAGCAAUCCAAAAUUAAUUGAAAAAAUUCAUUCAGAAAUGUUAGACACUGGUAAAAAACAAGGGUUAACCGGGAUAGAAUUCUUACAAGGGAUCGUCUUAUUCGAUGGUGAAUGGACCCCACAAAAUGGUUAUGUCACUUCCGCAUCAAAGCUAAAGAGGAGAAAGAUUUUGGAAACAGUUCAAUCUAAUGUUGAUAAGUUGUAUGGUUAA